CAAAACUAGCUACUACUUCUUGAACCUUUAAGUACGCUAGCUACUUCAUUACCACUUCAUAUCCCAAAAGCACUUAAUUAAAAAUGGCUUCCACUAGUGCUUUGGGAACAACUGCUUUUCUCCUCACUCUUAACCUUCUCUUUUUCACUUUGGUAAGUGCAACCUCAUCUUCACCAAAGGCGACUUGCCCUAGAGAUGCUCUAAAGUUGGGUGUGUGUGCCAACUUGCUGAAUGACUUGGUGCAUGGCGUUGUUGUAGGAGCCCCACCAAAAACACCUUGCUGUUCCCUCAUUGAGAACCUUGUUGACCUCGAGGUAGCAGUCUGCCUUUGUACCGUCAUUAAAGCUAAUGUCUUGGGUAUUAAACUCAAUGUACCGGUAUCCUUGAGCUUGUUGGUUAACUACUGUGGAAAGGACGUCCCUUCUGGCUUCCAAUGUGCGUAGAAAGCGUUCCGUUUUCAAGUGUAUUAUUAUCGUUUCUUUGAUCAUGUCAUAUCUUCUUUAUUUUGGGUGUGUUAAGUUUCGGACUCAUUGUGUUUUGUUGAGAUGCUUAUUUGAUUUGAAAAGCACCCUAUGUUUGCUUGUACCGUUGUAACUUUUUGUACCAUUUUUAUUUGAUGUGAAAGACACCCCUGUUUUGGUUUGGGACA